AUGCUGGGGUCUUCCUUUACCUUGUCUUUGGUUGGGCUUUUGUGCUUGAUAUCCGACGUUGCGGCAGGGUCUCCUCCGUUGGCCUCCUCGUUCGCUGGAUCAACGACCAGUGCGGUGUUCCCACCUCCCAACGCUACUAUAACAGCCACAGACACAUUCUUUCCGGAUGCUUCGGACAUUGGCUUUGCUGGUCCUACUCCAACUGGAGACGAAGCCAAUGCAAUAGCCACUGCCCCAGUGAAUGCUAAAGUGGACAAUUUCUUCCCUCUAAUCAAUCCUGGGGCGCAGGAUACGAAGAAAAAUAAGCCUUUCGAUGUUUUGGUGCACGCCGGAAGUUUAAGUCCCUGGCAAUCAGUCGAUUCUUUCGGACUGCCAGACGCAUCUCCGGUUAUACCGCAAGGGUGUGAGCUUGUUCAGGCACACCUUCUUCACCGUCAUGGAGCCAGAUAUCCAACAUCUGGUAGCGGACCUGCUAAUUUCGCGGCUAAAGUUCACGCAGCAGCCACAGGUGCUGGAUUUUCUGCAACGGGUGCUCUUAGCUUCUUGAACACCUGGACCUAUAAACUUGGCGCGGAAUUACUGACCCCAUUUGGUCGUUCACAAUUGUUCAACUUGGGAGUUGGGUUCAGAGUGAAAUAUGGAGAACUACUCAAGGACUUUAAAGAUUUGCCUGUCUUUCGCACAACCUCUGAAGCUCGAAUGGUAGAUUCAGCCGUACAUUUUGCUGCAGGUUUUUUCGGCGUUCAAACGUACCAACAAGAAUAUCACCAGCUUAUCACCAUUGAAAACGAUGGUCAAAAUAAUACCCUUGCUCCCUACGAAACCUGUACUAAUAGUAAUAAUGCUAUCGGCUCUUUCGGAAACGUCCAGUCGGCAAAAUGGGCAGACGUUUACACAGCACCUAUAAUAAAAAGACUCGGAAAAGACUUGAACGGUCUUCGACUUACAGCGACCGACGUAACUUCAAUGCAGCAGUUAUGUGCUUAUGAGACCGUGGCUCUCGGGUUUUCCCAGUUCUGUAAUUUGUUUACUGAAGAUGAAUGGAAAUCUUUCGAAUACUUGAAUGAUCUCUCAUUUUGGUACUCCAAUGGACCUGGAAAUCCCACCUCCAGUGCAAUGGGCAUUGGAUAUGUACAAGAACUUGUUUCACGACUUACAAAAACACGAAUUACAACUUUUAAUACGUCUGUCAAUGCCUCGAUUGUGACUGACGAAGUGCUCUUUCCACUUGACCAGCCCAUAUUUGUGGAUGCAUCUCAUGAUACCAUCCUUUCUGCAAUAUUCGUUGCUAUGAAUUUUACCAGCCUUGCAGCAAAUGGCCCAUUGCCAACAGAUCAUAUACCGAAGGAUCAGACAUACUUUGUCAACCAAAUUGCACCCUUUGCUUCCAACCUUGUUGGACAGGUUCUUUCUUGCUCUGCGUCUACAAAGCCAACUCACAUUCGAUGGAUUCUGAACGACGGCGUUUUACCCCUUACUGGUAUCAAAGGUUGCAAGGCCAAUAAGGAUGGAAUGUGUGACCUGGAAGCCUUUAUUUCUGGAAUGAAGGCACGAAUCGCGGAGGUGGACUUCGCAUUUGACUGCUUUGCAAACUUUACCAUUCCUAUCCCUGAUAAUAUAGUCAAUGGGCAGUUUCCUAAGUAG